UAUUCUCACUUUUUCUCUCUGAAAAUCUCUCACACUGAACUGCAACAAUGAGCAGUUCUGAAUGCGCCGAGCAUAAGUUCCUUGAAGAUACCCACCAGCUCCUCUUCCCGAAGAAAUCAAUGAUCAGGGACAUUGACAACUACAUGCCACCCAGGAAGCUCCUCACUCGCCUUGGCGGCGCCAAAACUGCUAUCCACGACGUCGCCGAUAUGUUCACUGACUCCCCGCGGUUUUCUUCUUCCGAUGAGACGCUUCUGCGGAAGUUCCUUCCCCACAACAACCUCGCCACCGAAUCUGACGACGACGAUCCCAACCCGUACUCCUCGGAGCACUUCCGAAUGUACGAGUUCAAGGUCCGCCGGUGCAAUCGCAGCCGAAGCCACGACUGGACUGACUGCCCCUUCGCUCAUCCCGGGGAAAAAGCUCGCCGGCGGGAUCCCAGAAAGUACCACUACUCCGGUACUAUCUGCUCCGAGUACCGCCGCAGCGGCGCAUGCAGACGCGGCGAUAGUUGCGAGUAUGCACACGGGGUGUUUGAAUGUUGGCUUCACCCAGCGAGGUACAGGACGGAGGCUUGUAAGGAUGGUAAGAAUUGUAAGCGAAAGGUAUGCUUCUUUGCUCACACACCUCGCCAACUGAGAAUUUUGCCGGUUAAUUGCUCUUCCUCGCCUGAUCAAAUCUCAGACAAGAAGAACAAAUUCUUAAAACACUCAUUGGGAUCAAACAGUUGCUGUAUGUUUUGUCAUCGCUCUGCUAACGCUAAUUCUUCCCCGACUUCCACUCUCUUUGGAAUGUCCCAUUUUUCACCACCGUUAUCGCCGUCGUCUCCCCCUAUGUCGCCGAUCAAAACAGGAACCUCUGCAAAUGGUUUAUCGCCAAUAUCUCGUUAUAGUGAAAGCAUUAAGGGAUCUGAGGCUUAUAAUAAUCGGGGUAUGGUCAUGACCUACAGGGAUGCUCUCACCGAGUUGGUGAGCUCCUUGGAGGUUCUGAAUUUCAGUGAAGCUUCUUCAUCACCUGAAAUCUCUGCCACUGCCACUAAUAUUAAGUCCCCAGAUCUGCGCUGGCUUGACGUUUCUUCCUUUAACUGUGAUGAUCGGUUCAUUCCUUCACCUUCUACUUCUUUCAAUUGUGAAGAUCAGCAACAGAUGAUUCUUUCAGCGUCUUCUCAAAUUUCCCAGAACCCAACAGCUCUAUCAUCUGCCUCAAGGAAAUCUCCAGCUGGAAAAAUUUUCAACGAAAGCAGAAUCGUUGGUAAUGAUAACAACGGUUCUUCAUGUGCAACUCCAGAUCUGGGUUGGGUCAAUGACCUGCUGAUAUAGGUAGAUGGAUGGUGACCAUUAUUUCGUGAAGUUAUUUUGUUGAGGCCGAUAAUGAUGCAGCAGAAGUGUAAAUACUGUUUGGAGAUGGUGGGUGUCUACAGUCUAUUGUUAUUGUUUCAAGUUCAUUACUUUCCCUGAAUCUGUUGUUUUGUUAAGUUUUUGGCCCUUCUGUAACUCAUUAUGCACAAUUAAUGUC